UCUCAAAAAAAAAACAACAGGGCAGUAAGAGCUAUUAAUCAGUUGGUUCUAUAAUGGUUUUAUUUAUAGUGUUGGGGCUGAAACGCAGGGCCUCAUGCAUGUUAGGCAAGUGUUGUACCACUUAGCUAUAUGUUCAGCCCACAGUGCUGUAUGGAGAGAGGUAGAAGAAAAUGGAACAGCAUCACUGUGGCUGAGGAUUGAGAUAGGUGUCUGAGGUUUCCAGGAGUCAAAGGCAAAAAAGACAGGAAUUAAGGUGAUAAAGCACAAAAUUCUAAUAUACUUUUAGACUAUAAAAUGCCUAAUAUACUGGGAGACAGUAAAUACCAACCGAGAUCUGACCACAGGCUGUGCAACUUUAGUGCAUUGGCACUUAAAGCUCAAGUUAGGGUUAGAGUGAGAUAGCUGAGGUUAUCAGAAUGAAAGGAGAUAGGAUUUAUACAGGGGAUUGAACUCGGAACCCUGCACUUGACAGGCAAGCACUUAUUUUACUGAGCUCUCCCCAGCUCCAGGAAAUGGGAGUUGAACAACAGUGUCCCUCUGUUUUGGACAGAAGAUUCAGGAGGCUUGGCAAAAGCCGCCCCCCCCCCUGCCCUUUUAAGCGACUUAGAACCAGAAGUAAAGGUGAAAGUGAAAGAAGCCUCAAAAAACACCUCUGAAGGAGGGUUUUGCAAAAGCGAAAGCGAGAAACAGCUUUGGCCCUGCAGCACACAGAAGCUGACGCUAACGCCUUUCUGCUGCCUGGCCCUUCUCAUCCGACUAACCCAUAGGUCCUCAUCGCAGUUGGCCCUACCUGACCUGAAAUGCUGAAGCCUGCAUCGGUGCCCCACGGGGGCUUCUGCUUCGAGAAUUGCCAGAGAAAUGCAUCCUUGGAACGCGCCUUUCCGGGGCUCCGGGUCCCUCGUGCACACAAGACCGGGACCACCAUCGCAGGCCUGGUGUUCCGAGAUGGUGUCAUCUUGGGAGCAGAUACCCGGGCCACUGACGCAAUGGUCGUAGUGGACAAGAACUGCGAGAAGAUUCACUACAUCGCCCCCAAAAUUUACUGUUGUGGGGCUGGAGUUGCUGCGGAUGCCGAGAUGACCACACGGAUGGCAGCGUCUAACAUGGAGCUACACGCACUGUCCACGGGCCGUGAGCCUCGCGUAGCUACUGUCACCCGCUUCUUACGCCAAAUGCUCUUCCGGUACCAAGGCCACGUGGCUGCGUCCCUGAUCGUGGGUGGUGUAGACGCUACAGGACCACAGCUGUAUGGCUUGCAUCCCCACGGGUCCUACAGCCGCCUGCCCUUCACGGCCCUGGGAUCUGGGCAGGAUGCGGCUCUGGCAGUACUGGAGGACCGGUUCCAGCCGAACAUGACACUGGAGGCUGCGCAGGGACUGCUGGUGGAAGCCAUCACUGCAGGGAUCCUGGGUGACCUGGGUUCUGGCGGCAGCGUAGAUGCGUGUUUGAUCACUGCAACGGGCACCAAGCUGCUGCGGACACUGAGCUCACCUAUUGAGCCUGUGGAAAGGCUUGGCCAUUACCGAUUGGCACCUGGAACCACAGCAGUCCUGACCCAGACAGUGCAGCCAUUGAACCUGGAGCUCCUGGAGGAAACUGUGCAGGCCAUGGAGGUGGAGUGAAGUCACCUGAGGCUUUAGAGCUCCAAAUGAGUGGAACCAACCUGGGAAAAUACAAACAUCUAAACAGA